GUGGGGCGCCGUGGGAUGCUGGGGGGUUCCUUGGGGUGCCGUGGGGCUCAGUGGGGCUCGGUGGGGGUCCCCCCGCAGUUCUUCGAGGGCAAGGAGCUGCGGCUGAAGCAGGAAUACUUCGUGGUGGCGGCCACCCUGCACGACAUCGUGCGGCGCUUCAAGUCCGCCAAGUUCGGCAGCCGCGACCCCGUGCGCACCGCCUUCGACACCUUCCCCGACAAGGUGGCCAUCCAGCUGAACGACACCCACCCGUCCCUCGCCAUCCCCGAGCUGAUGCGCAUCCUGGUGGACGAGGAGAAGCUGCCCUGGGACAAGGCGUGGGACGUGACGGUGCGGACGUGCGCCUACACCAACCACACGGUGCUGCCCGAGGCGCUGGAGCGCUGGCCCGUGCACCUCCUGGAGUCGCUGCUGCCCCGGCACCUGGACAUCAUCUACGAGAUCAACCAGCGCUUCCUCGACCGCGUGUACGCCACGUUCCCCGGGGACCACGAGCGGCUGCGGCGCAUGUCGCUGGUGGAGGAGGGCGCGGUGAAGCGCAUCAACAUGGCGCACCUCUGCAUCGUGGGCGCCCACGCCGUCAACGGCGUCGCCCGCAUCCACUCCGAGAUCCUCAAGCAGAGCGUGUGCGUGUCCCCCCCCCCCCCCCCCGCGGGGGGGGGCCCCCGGGGGGGGGGGCCCCCCCCCCAGCCCCCCACCUACGGCAGGAGGGG